CCAGGGAAAUUCUCCCAGUAUCUUGAGUGUUCAUCUGAGUUAGUCAUAGGGCAACAGAUACAAAAUUGAUAGGUGUAAAUCCAAAAAUCUUCAAAAACAUUAAUGAUGAUUGGAAGAACUAGUGAUAUGUUUGGUCAACCCUCUGGCAAAGUGAAAAGCACAGAACCUUCGAUUGCCCCAAUAGACUCCUACAAUGAUCUGCUUGAUCAGGAAAACGAUAAACCCAAAACGCCAUCUUGGGUGGCCUGGUGCGAACGGAACUCGAAGCCGGUGAAGCGUCGAAGAUUUCGGAUGAAGAAAAAACAGACCCGAUGGCAGAAGAGUGGACCGAUGACCAAGAAGGACUGGAAACACUUUUUCGCCUGGGCUUCCAAUCGGGCAAUGCCGAGGGAACUCGAGCUGAAGCCCGAAAGACUGCCCUGUUUGGAAAGCCACAUGCCCUGCAAUUUGAGAAAACGCAAGUUGGACGAGGAUGAACUACUAGAGAAGAUGCAACUGUUGGCUAAGCCCCGAAAGAUCACCCAGAAGUAUGAUGUACGUAACAUGCCGCCGGCCUACUCCCCGGUGAUCUUCUGGGGCAAGCCACCUCAUCACGAUCCCGGCAGACCCUUCAAACCCCCCUACGUUCCCGGCUGCUUUGUCCACAACGAACUGGAGGCAGAUUUCUGGGCCCAGCUAAGAUUUCCCGUCCGUCAGGCUGCCCUAAAGGCCCACAUAUCGCCCCGCAUCCGAAAUCUAUCGAAACCCAGGACAUACCCACCAAUUCCGCAUUGUCCCAUUCCCGAAAAAGUUUUGGAUCCCCUGGAUGUGCGUCCUCCACCGCGCAAGAAGUUCACCCCAAAAGCGUGGCGUUCGCACCAAAUACGACUAAUGUAUCUCUCCAAGCCGGUUUUCAGAAAUAAUCUGGAGUCAUUCUUUUAUAUGUAAUAUAUGCAUACAUUAAAAUAAAACAUGAUGGCUAGUUGCUCCUUUUUUUGUACACUUUGAAA